UCUGAACUCCGAUUACUCCGAAUAGUCCGAAUCAUCCGAUCCGAACUGCUCCGAACCCAACCUGAGUAUUCUCUUCUCUGGUUGUCGGUGUCCGUCACUCCUAACCUCCAAAGACGCGAAAAGAAAAUAUAACCCAUUUGCUGAUUUUUCUCGACGAAAAUUAAGUUUGUUGUUGCCAUUUACGCUUUCGCGAAAGAUCUAGAGAUCAUUUACAAGUAAGAAAUUUACAAGUAGAAAAUGUUAGAGAUAACGUGCAACGAUCGUCUUGGCAAGAAGGUUAGAGUCAAGUGUAACCCGGACGACACCAUAGGAGACCUGAAAAAAUUAAUAGCUGCCCAAACUGGGACGCACUGGGAGAAGAUCGUUCUGAAGAAGUGGUACACCAUUUUCAAAGAUCAUAUAAAGUUGCAGGAUUAUGAGAUACACGACGGCAUGAACUUAGAACUCUACUACCAAUAAAUGUGUAUAAAAUAAGAUUAUAUGUUCCACCAUUUGCCUACCUCGGUUGCUUAAGAAGUCUCUUAUGUGUUGCACUAUCAGAUCUAUCGCCACUGCAACAGAUCACAAAACAUCAGUAUACAAUCGUGAAUUCGAUCAUCGAGGAUAAGAUGUAAAUUGCUUUAUUUGCGAUAUAUCAUUAUACAUCUCGGAACAUGAUAACAAAUUGUUGAUAUUUGGAACUGAUUGUUACUAUCUCAAAUAAUAAUUAUGAUCGCAUUAGAAUUACAUAAAAUUUUAUUAUGCGUAAGACACUUGUAUUGAUAUACUGUUUUGCAAAUAUAAGAAAAUUUUGUUCUUUUUUAAUAACAGUAUGUAACAGAAUCC